AUGUGGAAAAAGGCAUUGGGCGAUGCUGAGCAACAAGCGUUGAAAGUUUUCGCUCGUAACUAUCGUCAGCUGCUGCUGACUCCGCCAUUGAAGGACUGCGUAAUUUUAGGCAUCGACCCGGGUUUUCGACACGGGUGCAAAUACGCAUUCAUCUCUGCUUUAGGCAUUAUUCUUAACACUGGCGUGUUUUAUCUUCCUCAAGUCAACCAUUGUGCGAAACAAGACAACACUGCGAUCAACCAGUUGAUCAGUUUUGCCGUAGAUGCUCGUUGCGAGAAGAUCGGCAUUGGCAAUGGAACGGCAUGCCGUGAAACGGAAUGCUUCAUUGCGUCUUUGAUUAACAGCGGUGCCUUCAGGCCGUAUGAAGUACAGUACUGGUGCGAAGGUGCUUCACCACAUGACCAGCGUUCGUCUCAUGGUCUUUAUUUCAGCAUCGUCGACGAAUCGGGUGCUUCGAAGUACAGCAUUUCACCGGAAGCGGUCAGCGACAUGCCGCAGCUCGAUCCGUGCUUAAGAAGCGCAGUGUCAAUUGCGCGCAGGUUGCAGGACCCCCUGUCAGAGUACGUCAAAAUCGACCCAGGCCACGUUGGAGUCGGCAUGUAUCAGGUACGAAGAGAUUUUCUGCCCAUGCGGCUAAUCUGGUCAUGUCACCUUGUGCUCAUUUUCAAGCACGAUAUUUCUGAUCGACUGCUUCGCGAAGCGUUGAACUCGGUCGCUGAGGAGUGCGUCAGUUUCGUUGGCGUUGACGUGAACACUUGUUCGAAAAGCAUACUCUGCCACGUGGCCGGUCUGAACAAGCGACAAGCUCAGGAGAUCAUCAACUAUCGCGAAAAGAAGGGCCCGUUCGUCUGCCGAGAGCAGCUGCUUGCAGUCCCCAGCAUCGGGCCGUUCACCCAUCAACAGUGUAUCGGUUUUUUACGCGUGUUCUGCAAUGAACGGUUUAAUCCAGAACCGAUGCCGGUCGUUGCUGAGUGCAGCCGAAAACGAAAAGUCACCGGCGACGCAAAAUGGUCAAAAUCUAAAAAGUCAAAGCUGAGCUACGCGGUAGAUGUAUUCGAUCGCACAGCUGUCCAUCCGGAGUCAUACGGCGUCGCCGAAAAAUUGCUCGCCAGCAUCGGGAUGCAAAAGAGUGACAUGUUCAGCGACGAAUUACGACAGAAACUGAAACACCUCGUUAUUGCUAUCAUCGUUUUUUUAGCUUUCGAAAAGCCGCUCUUCAAAAAGGAUGUCAUCUCAGUAUCAAAUGUACGCGUUGGCGACGUACUGACCGGUCGAGUGAAAAACGUGACCGACUUCGGAGUAUUCGUCGAUGCCGGCUUGGAAUUCAGUGGCCUGGUACCGAUCUCGAAGAUGAAAAACAGGGAAUUUACGGUAUGUUUUUAA